GCGAAGUGCAGUGAAAUUUAGCGAGGGACUGACAGAUUAUAAUGGCGGCGGCAUUUCUUAAUCAAACAUCGAAACCUGAGAGAUUGGACGAGAAGAGAUCAGAAAUAUUAGAUUUUAUAGAACAACAAAAACAAGUAGACAGAAAAGUGGUGUUAGUAACAAGUGGCGGUACCACGGUUCCGUUAGAGAGUAAGACUGUGCGUUUCAUUGAUAAUUUCAGCGUUGGAUCCAGAGGAGCUGCAUCUACCGAAUAUUUUCUGAAGAAAGGUUAUGCUGUGGUAUUUCUCCACAGAAACAGAUCUCUGAAGCCAUUUCUACGCCAUUUGUCGACAUACAACUUCCUUGAUUUGUUGGGGUUAGAUGGUGAAAACCAAGAUGCACCAGUGAAAGUGAAAUCAGAGCACCAAAAAAGGCUUUCCUCCAUUCUGCGUGAUUAUGAACAAGUCCAGCGCGAUUGCUCCCUGCUGUGGGUGGAGUUCCAGUCGUUGUCCGAGUAUUUACACCUGCUACAAAUGUGUUCUACCUGUCUACAAGGCCUCGGAAAAUCCGCCAUGUUGUAUCUAGCAGCUGCUGUCGCAGAUUUCUACAUCCCAAAGGAUCAAAUGCCUGAGCAUAAAAUCCAGUCAGCAGAGGGUCCGUUACAGCUCUCUCUACAACUUGUCCCUAAAAUGCUGGAACCCUUGGUGAAAGAGUGGGUGCCAGAAGCUUUUGUCGUGUCUUUUAAACUGGAAACAAAUAAAGAUAUUUUGGUGUCCAAAUCCCUACAAGCACUAGACAAAUAUCAACAUCAGCUGGUGAUUGCAAACCUUCUGGAGACGAGAAAGAGGGAGGUCAAACUGGUGACCACAGAUAAUUGUGUAGAUAUUUCUAUGACAACUGAAGAACUAAGUAGUGGCCAUGAAAUUGAGGAAAAGAUAGUGAGAGAACUAGCCUCUUUACAUUCAAAGUUCUGUUCACCAGACGGUCACUGAUUCUGUUUUAAUUCAUUGUAGAAAAAGGUUGUUUCUGUAACUAAGGAAAGUUUAUUACUUUCUCUCAGGUGAUAAUAUAUUGAAAGUUAAGUUUUAAUGGAUCAACAUUUAUGGCUUAAAAAAUACUAGUAUUGUACAUACAUUGUAUAUGAUUAAUAUAUGUGUCACUUUUUUUAAAGGAAUGCAAAUUGUAAUACAUUCUUAUCCAACAAAUAGCCUAAUUCAUAAGGAAUUUCUUGCACAUGUUGCAUGUACAUUCCUUAUUUUUGGGUACGAAUCCAUCUACAUGUAUAAAAAGAUGUCACUCUUUAGCAACAGAUUUCUUGUAUAAGUAAAGUUUAGUUACAUUGUUAUGAUGAAUUAAGGAUAUACUAAUAAAAUCAUUGUUACCA